GGGUGAAGUGACCAUCAGUCCUGCUUCAACCUCUUACAAUUGCAGUGGAAGCAUUCUAAGUGGAGUGUCAUUGAGAAUUCCACUACAAGUUUGUCGUGGGUAUUUUGCUGCAACAAUUUUGCAAGAAGAACUUUAUACCCAUAACACCGGAUUCUGGCUCGUAGCAUAACCAUAUCCACUUUAACAUUUCGUCACACUGUAGCUAGUUUUUUUUUUUUGCUGUUCGUUUCUAUUGAUCCCAGCAGCCGCACGUCCGUUUUGCAUGCCUGUUCGUGGUAGACCUGCUCCACCACUGUCCUCAUUCCUCGAUUCUCCUUAUCGAACUCACAUCCAAGUGAAGUAACCAAGCACCUGCAGUGUUCAAGCAUGCAAGUCUCGGCCGUGAUCUCACUAUUGGCAGCGUGGACGGCUAUUUCGUCUGCCCAGUCUCACAUCCGUUGCCAAAACACCAUCGGUGGUCCAUGCGGCGACAGUUCUCGUCCGCGUGAGUGGAACUGCUGCGACUAUGGCUAUUGCCAGCCGUGGAACUCGGGAUAUUAUCAGUGUAUCGACAAGUCCGAGCAAUGUCCGAACCAGGAGACCGACAUCGAUUACUACGGGAACGAUCUCGAGACAGUCUACGGACUGCAACCGGACGCUUGCUGUGCCAGGUGUGCUACUACCAGUGGUUGUGCUGCAUACACUUUCGUGAACGAAAACCCGGACGGCAAGACGGCGUGUUACCUCAAGACGUCGACAGCCGGUCGAGUCGAAAAGAAGGGAGCGGUGUCUGCCGCUUAUAAGGACUUUGUUCCUCCUAACAACCCUUGCAGUGCCAAGGUCUGGGAUAGCUGUGGGAACGCGAACGGAGUCACAUGCUGUCCGGACGACGCGUACUGCCAGCCAUGGGAUUCUGGUUACUACCAAUGCAUCGAUCGUCCGGAUAAGUGCCCGGACCAGGAGGUUGAUAUCGAUUACUAUGGUAACGAUCUCGAGACCGUUUACGGGUUGUAUCCGACCGAUUGCUGCGAGAAAUGCGCGAGCACAGACGGCUGUGCUGCUUACACGUUCAUCAACGAGAACCCUGAUGGCAGGACGGCAUGCUACCUAAAGUCGUCGACAGCUGGACGUAGAACGAAGAAAGGAGCGGUCUCCGCUGCGUACAAGGACUUUGUUGGGCCUACGUGUCCUGCAAAGGUCGGAGACCAAUGCGGCAACUCCAAUAGUGGCCCAACUUGCUGCCCGAGCGGAUCGUUCUGUCAACCAUGGAAUCCUGGCUACUACCAGUGCGUUGCUGAACCGGACUGGUGCCCUGGGAUCGAGGUGGGCGUGGAUUUCUACGGUGACGAUCUGAGUAUGAAGAAAGGCUUGCUGCCUGAUACGUGCUGCCAGGCUUGCCAUUUCGACGCGAACUGCAAGGCUUUCACCUUUGUGAAUCAGAACGACGAUGGACAGAGCGCGUGUUACCUCAAGACUGGCAGUGGCACCCGUAAGAGCCACGCAGGGGCAAUCUCGGGUUACAAGCUCGAGCCCGUUGAGUAACGUAAGGCUAGUGCUCGAACAACUUGGUAAGCUGCAGCUUUCAAGUACCCCUGCUAAGCACUUAACACAGACAUGUUCGUGUAUCCAUCGGCGUAUGAACGAACUCGAAAUUUCCACACUUAAUCAACUACAUUUCGGCAAAUCUGUGUUAAUUUUCACAAGACAAAUUAUUACAGUCUUUCGCAAUCCAGUCGAACUGGAAAGAUAAAUCUGCACCUACAUACUCAGAAGUUAGUAAGAAAAAGAUAUUGCAAAUUCUUAACAGAGCGUACCAAAAUGUGUAACUCGAAAGGUUAGCGUGAACAUCAUCCAGAGCAUCAGUUUUGACAAAACGAAUGGCAUUUGCGUUUGCAGCACAAAAGCCAACAGAUAAAAUGCGUCGAUGCCGCAAUUGCGCUUCAUGAUGCCUGCUAGCAGCAUGAAAGAUAGGAGCUC